GGUGUAUAGAGAUAGAAAUGAGGACGGAUCUCUUUUACACGCACGUUAAUAGAAUCAAGUUCAGUUAUUCGACGUAGCAUUUAAUUAAUACAUGUUUGUGUAGCAUCAUUAGAGCGAAGUAUCUGUCUCGCGAAGCGUUAUUGAUUAACACGAAAAAAUUUUAGCGUUUGUCGUGCGAUUUCUCGGUUGACGGAAGUUCUUUGCGCGUAGUGACGUGAGCUGUGUGCACAUAUAUAUGUUGCUAGAAUACUCACAAGUAGGAAUUUCUCGCAUGCUAAUUUUGUGAAUCAUCAAUCAGUUAUUACACGAAAAAGAUCGACCUAUUGGGCGUUUUGUUGAUAACUGCGUAUAUUAAGAAUAAAUUAUCAUUCCGUGAUAAGGAUACACCUUGUCGUCUUUGACGAAGUGUCAGCGCGAGCUUGACAUAGAUUGUUCAAGAUGGAUAUUGGGUUCUCAUCCUAUCAUAAUGGUGGCCCUGCCAGGGAGCAAGAUUUUGGUAGAUUAUCCCAGACUAUAGGUACUUCGAUAUUAAAAGUAUCACAGAAUGUAUCUUCUAUGCAGAAAAUGGUCAAUCAAUUAGGCAGCUCUACUGAUUCUCAGGAAUUGAGAAAUCAGCUACAUCAGAUACAGCAUUAUACACAACAGUUAGCAAAAGAUACCAGUGUCCAUUUGCGAGAUUUGGCUAUAUUAGCGAAUAACUCUGGCUCUACAAGCCCUGGUGAACAAAGACAACGCAAAAUGCAAAAGGAACGCCUUCAAGAUGAAUUUACGAGUGCAUUAAAUUCUUUUCAAGCUGUACAGAGGCUAGCUGCUUCUAAGGAGAAAGAAAUGGUCAGGAAGGCUAAAGCUAGUGCAGGUAUUGCUCCGUUUGGAGAAAAGAAACAAGAGACACUCAUAGAAUUGCAAGAUAGCAAAACAUACACAACUGAUAAUACACAACCGAAGAUGAUGCAACAUCAACAGCAAGAGCAAUUGAAUUUGCGUCUAUUGGAAGAGCAAGAAGCUAGCAUCAGGCAGUUGGAGAGCAACAUUAGCGAUAUUAAUCAAAUCUUCAAAGAUCUUGGAGCUUUAGUGUACGAUCAAGGAGAAGUGAUUGAUUCUAUAGAAGCUUCGGUGGAGAGAACCGAGGUGUCGGUUAAUGAGGGUGCAUCUCAAGUGAGGCAAGCAAGUAUCUAUCAAACCAAAUUACGCAAGAAGAAGUGCGUCCUUAUAUUGAUCGCGGCAGUUGUAUUGUCGAUUCUGAUUGGAAUAAUAGUUUGGCAGAGUUAAAUGCACACACUGUACAGUGUGUUGAUACACGUAGUGCUAAGAAAGACUGCUGCUAAAUAUACAGAUUGCAAAAUAUUCAGCCUCAGUAAUACACACAUUCUUAGUGACGUUCCUCUUUGACUUCAGUUAUUUUCAGUAUCCAGAAAGUACAGACAUAUUUAAUGGAGAUACAUGCAAAGAAAACGUGAGAAACUGACAUCCUAAAAAAAUUGAGUCAUUUUGAUUGUGAUAAUCAUUGCGAUGUGAGUUCUAAUUUGCGAGUAAAGUUUAAACGACACGUCUGAGAUUGCCAUGGUCCAUUUGUAUGUUUCAGUACUUAUAUAAAGUGCAUAAUAAUCCAUUCAUAUGAUAAACAAGUACACGUGCGCGCACUCGUACAUAUAAUGAUAAAAUAGGCGAUAUAAUGCGAAUGUAUUUAAUAAAAGAAAGCGUGUAUGUAAUAUUUGUAUAUGGAUGUAAAGUACUUUAUUGUCCGAUUGCGUAGAUGAAUAUAUGACCGUAUGCGUGCUUAUAAAAUA